AUGGCAAGUGUCAAAAUAAUUGACCUGGUCCUCCACGGCAAAGCUACACAUUCAUAUAAUCCACCACUUUCCAUGCCUACUUAUUCCAAAUUGAGCUUGGAACCAUCUCAAAUUUCCUGCAAUUCUAUGAACUCAUCAAGAAUUUCCCUUCGUCCUUUCAAACUCUCUGAUGCCAAUGACUUCCUCAAAUGGGCAAGUGAUGAUAAAGUAACACGCUAUCUAAGAUGGAACACCAUAACCUCUAGGGAAGAAGCCUUGACAUAUAUUGAGAAGCUUGCUACACAUCCAUGGCGUCAGUCCAUAUGUUUGGAUGACCAAUCAAUUGGAUAUGUUUCUGUCAAACCUGAACAGGGUGAUGACACGUGUAGAGCACAUGUUAGCUAUGUUGUGUCUGCAGAGUACUGGGGGCAAGGGAUUGCAACAGUGGCAUUGAGGAUGGGCAUGUGUAGGGUGUUCAGAGAGCUCCCAUGUUUGGUGAGGAUUGAGGCUUUGGUGGAGGUAGAGAAUAAGGGGUCUCAAAGGGUUUUGGAGAAAGUUGGGUUUCUGAAAGAAGGGUUGUUGAGGAAGUAUGGGUAUUGCAAAGGUGAGACUAGAGAUAUGUUUAUCUAUAGCUUCUUAUCAACUGAUAAGAUUAUGUGA